GGCAAAGCGAGGUGUAGGUUUGGCAAUUGGUGAACAAGUUAGCGUUGGCAUUGGCAUUGGUAUCGGCUUUGAACCGAACACAAGAAAAGAAAAGAAUCUUCCAUGGAGGCAAACGACAGGGAGUAAUCUGCGGAAAAGUGAUUUGUCUAAUAUAUUAAUGAAUCCGAUCGGGGACUUAGCUCAUAAGAACUCAGAAGUUUCAGGGUGGAACCAUAAGCAUCACUAGCCUUCAACUAUAUAACAGUACUUUAAACUUUGAGGUUGAUUGCCAAUGAGUAUCAUGGCUGAGAAUGGUAUUAUGCACCCACCUGAGAGCAAAUGGAGCCUGUUGGGAGUGCCUGUUUUUGUCCUCUUUAAGGAUGCAAGACUUGUUUUCAAAUUGGAUUCACUUGGCCUGGAGAUACUAAGGAUCGCAUUUCCUGCUGCCUUGGCCUUAGCUGCUGAUCCCAUUGCUUCUCUGAUUGACACUGCCUUCAUUGGGCGUAUAGGACCGGUGGAGCUAGCUGCUGUAGGAGUUUCCAUUGCUAUAUUCAAUCAAGCAUCAAGGAUUACUAUUUUCCCGCUGGUUAGCAUGACAACUUCUUUUGUAGCUGAAGAAGAUACACUUGCAAAGAUUAGCCCUGAAGCCGUAAAAUCUGAAGAUUUGGAAAAGAAUGAACCCAAAAACAAUGAAAUGAAAGAAUUGAUGAGGCCAGAAGAUGUAGUGGCAGCCAACUUGGAAAACGGUCCAGGUGCUGCAGCUACAAACACUGAUACAAAAGAGACAGAGGAUGGUACAUAUAUAACUCUCUCUCUCUCUCUCUCUCUCUCUCUCUCUCUCUCUCUCUCUCUCUCUCUCCCCGAUAUGUUAAAACAUAGAUAUAAUUUGAGAUUACAUUGGAGCAUGCAGCUUCUGGUAUGCUCUUCUAAUAAGACAUUUUGGCUGGUGAUUUAUUCGUCAGGUUCUUCCAACACAAGUAAGGAUCCGCCUGUAGUUGAUAGCAAAGCUCAAAAUGCUCAAGUGAAAAAGGGAAAAAGACAUAUCCCGUCAGUGUCAACAGCAUUGAUUCUGGGUUUAAUGCUUGGUCUCCUUCAAGCUAUAUGCCUUGUUUUUGGAGCAAAAGCUCUCCUUCGUGUGAUGGGUGUGAAACCUGAUUCCCCUAUGCUAAACCCAGCACUAAAGUACUUGACUUUGAGGUCAUUAGGCGCUCCUGCAGUUCUUCUAUCCUUAGCCAUGCAAGGGGUUUUCCGAGGAUUUAAGGAUACAAAAACACCUUUAUAUGCAACAGUUGCAGGAGACCUGACAAAUAUCAUUUUGGACCCUAUAUUUAUCUUUGUCUUAAAACUAGGUGUCAGUGGUGCAGCCAUAGCACAUGUCCUUUCUCAGUAUUUGAUUUCACUCAUCCUCUUAUGGCGAUUGAUGAAACAAGUUAAUCUCUUACCCCCAAAUAUGAAAGACCUACAAUUUGGAAGAUUUCUUAAAAAUGGUUUUCUUUUAUUAGCAAGAGUGAUAGCAGUCACAUUCUGUGUGACAUUAGCAGCAUCAAUGGCUGCUCGGCUUGGUUCAACACCUAUGGCCGCAUUUCAAAUCUGCUUACAGGUCUGGAUGACAUCAUCUCUUCUUGCUGAUGGUUUAGCUGUCGCUGGACAGGCAAUUCUUGCUUGUGCAUUUGCUGAGAAGGACUACAAGAAGGUAACAGCUGCAACAUCUCGGGUAUUGCAGAUGAGUUUUGUGCUUGGUGUGGGGCUUGCUGUGGCGGUUGGAGCUGGUUUAUACUUUGGGUCAGGGAUCUUUUCGAAAGAUGCUAGUGUUCUUCAUCUUAUCAGUAUAGGAGUACCGUUUGUAGCAGCUACACAGCCAAUCAACUCAAUUGCUUUCGUGUUUGACGGUGUCAACUUCGGAGCAUCUGACUUUGCAUACACAGCUUACUCCAUGGUAUUUGUAGCUGGAGCAAGCAUUGCAUCAUUGUUCAUUCUCUCCAAAAGCAAUGGAUUUAUAGGGAUAUGGGUUGCAUUAACCAUUUACAUGGUUCUCCGCAGCUUUGCUGGUGUUUUGAGGAUGGGGACUGGAACUGGACCUUGGCGCUUCCUAAGAAGUAGACCCAUCGCAUAGGAUAGGGAACUAAAAAUUUUCAGCUUUAUAAUGAAGCUAUAUAUAAAAUAUGUAUUAUUCAUACAGAUAUAGAUAUAGAUAUUACUUGUACGUGUGUUUUGCAUGGUGGUUGUUUGUUUGUUUGUUUUGGUAAGGGUAAAAAGUAGGGAUAUUAGUAGCUGCCAUCGUCUUCUUUGAUAUGGUGUUGUUUUUAAUGUUUUGCGCAGAUGCAAAAAUAAAAUCUGAUGCAAAAAGUGUACAGCAUAGCUGAUGCCACUCUUUGUUUCAACAAA